AUGACGACGUUGACGGUGCGGCACCGUGCGGUGUGCGCGUUGGCGCUCCUCGUGCUGCUCUGCGGCUGCUGCUGCGCCCCCUCCGUCUGCGGGGCGACGGGGGCUCCUGCUGCUGCUACGACUGCAAAGCGUGCAUCUCCGCCGGCGGUUCUGCCAAAAGAAUGGCAGCCGGUGAAUGUGUCGGUGGAGGUGUCCUGCGCGGACAGUGACAACAAGUUAAGUUGGCGCUUCUCUAGAGAAACUGCGUGGAAGAAGUGUGCGGCCGCGGUGGGAGCGCACGACUACACAAUUGUUGGGGAGGACUCUGCCGCGGAGGAUGUUGUUACCGUGGACAUCGUUUCGGUGGACGUGUCUCAGUACGGAGCAGGCGACGGCGGCGUCAGUGAGUCCCUCUGCGCCUCCGCCGAAUCGCUGUACGCGACUGCGGACUGCAGCGCGAGCUGCGACAGCGACAAGAGUGAUCAGACCGCGUUCACGAUGAACUUCCCUACGCAUGUCGGCAGCGGAGUGCACAAGAAGUGGGCGGCGGCGA